AUGCAAAAGUUUAAGCAAAUUGGCAUACCUACAUAUACAACACUUUUUUUUAUAUCAUUUUUUGUUAUAAUAAUGGACUUGCCAACUAAGUUAGAGAAGCUGAAUUUUCUUCAUCAAAAAGCUUUUGAACAUGAAGAAAUUAAAAAUGCAAGAGAAGAUAUCGUUUCUUUGAUAAAGGAAUCAUCAGACUCCUAUGUCAAAUGUAUCAGAAGCAGUUCUGAAUACUUAAAAAUAAAUAAUACCAAGAAAUUCAAUAGCCUACUGUCAAAUACUUCUAAUCAAAGAAAAUUAGACAUUUUUGAUACUUUUAUAAAGUAUUCAGACGUCGGUAGUCUUAAUGUUAAUAUUCCUACUACAAUGGUCAGAAAUGGAAAUUUGCCUGUUUCAUUUUUAGUUCAGACUAUAAAAAAUGGGAAAGUAAUUGCAAGACCUUGCAAUGAGGAGGAAUAUUUUAAUAUAGAAACUGAACGAUUUUUUGAGGAUAACGAAAAUACCUCACUCUAUGUUUAUAAAGCUUUGAAUAAAGAAGGAGAUCUUAUUUACUCAAAUGAUUCUGCCAAAUCUGUAUGAAAUUCUUCAAAAGAGCCUGCAAAAAUGCAGCAUUGCAUACAGAGUUUAUCGAACCCUCCAUCAAUUAUAAGAGUCUUGUGGGUAGAUGGAGCGAAAAUCAAAUAUUUUUCUAUCAUUAAUCAUAAAAAAAUAAAGCGAGCAGCAAAAAAUGAAACUAAGCCAAUAGCUGUUGAUCCUAAUUAUAAUCAAAAGAGAAGAUUUUCUACUUUUGACUAUAGGACUUUGCUCAAAAAAACCUCUCAAUCUAUAAACAAUCCUUUUAAGGUAAAAAGUGAGAAAGAGCCAGUAUUAAAAUCAAAACAAAAAAGGAGGUCACAGUCAUUUUCUCAUAGCACACCUGAAGAAUUUUAUGCUAGUCUUAACCCCCCUAAAGAGGCAAAAAAUACAUUAAUUGGGCAACUAAACAAGGAUAACAGCAAUGAUUUCUUGGUAAAUUCAAAAAAAAUCGAAAAUUGCUUCGUCGUUGAAACCAAAGGGCAAUUUUCUGAAAUUAACGCAAUGACUGCCCAAAUUAUUGAAUUUUUAAAUAGACAUCCUUUUAAAGAGGAUAAUGUCAAAGGAAUUGUCCUUGAUUUCAUACAAAACAGGGACAAAAAAUGGUUUUUAUUAAAAUGUAAAGAAUUUUCAAAUGGCUUAAAUACAAAUUUAAGCAGAUUUGAAUCUCUUAAAACUCCUGAGCCUAAAAAAGCAUGCUUCAGAAAACAGAGAACUAUGUCGGUUGAUUUAAGCCAUCUCAAAGUAGAAGAGUCUAUUACUGAAGUGCCAGAACUUGAGUCAAUUAGAAAACUUGCAGAUUCCCAAAGCUCUUUAGCUGGAAAAUACAGAAAUAAAUCAAAUAAGCUUAUACCUUUAGCUGAAAUUCCUGAGAAUGAGAUUUUUGAUAAAUACUCUAAAUUAAAUGAAAAACCGGAUAAAAUCUUGAAUAAAGAAGGUGAGAUAAACGCAAAUACAAUCCUAAACGAAGCCAAAAAGUGCCCAUUCUAUUCAGCAGGUGCCAGCCCUAUGUCAUGCCAAUUCAGUUUAUCAAGAAGCAAAAACCCUCUCAUAAAUAAGUCUACAUUAGAAAUUGAUAAUUCCGCAAAAGCAAAAAAUCCAUCGUUUUCUAACAUGGUUGAUACUUAUGCAAAAAAUCAUAUUAAUGCCGUUAUUGAUAAUUUAGAUGAAAUGAACCUAAACACGCAGGCGACAAAAGUUAGAAAUGAAAAUUUAGUUGAAAAAUAUGGUGGAAAAUUAUUUUGGGAUCAGUUCAUACUGUCACUUUAUAAUAAAAUCCUUGAAAGUGAAUUUCUCAGCAAAUAUUUUAAAGGCGCAAAGCUUGAAAAUUUUAAAAUGAUUGUGUCUGGGAUGUUUAACUUAUUUAAUGGGACAAUUAGCCCUAAGUUCAGAAGAAGAGUAAGAGCAGCUCACCAAUCUUUGGGGCUUUCAGAAAAAGAGUUUUACAAUUUCAGUGACAUUUAUGAAAAUACGCUGCUAGAAUAUCAAGUAAAUGAAUUCGAUAAAGGCAUUAUGAUGGCGCAAAUCAAGUCGUUGAAAACUUUGAUAUUCAAACAAGGAGCUGCUUAA